AAAACACAACUCUGCUAAUAUAUUAUAAAGUACUUUGGCAUCAUCCUUGGCCUAUGGUCUUUGCAAAAAUAUUGUUUUCUUCCCACUUCACUCAUUGCAAAGUGAUCUUCUUUGCUAAAAGAUACACUUCUGAUCUGAUAUCCACUAGAACAUUAAGAUUUAGCAGAAACCAAGAUGGUAGGUACCAAUACAAAUGAGGUUCCAACCAAUUAUGACAGAAAAAGUGAACUAAAAGCUUUUGAUGACACCAAGGAAGGUGUUAAAGGCCUUGUUGAUUCUGGGAUCACUGUGGUUCCUAGAAUUUUUCAUCAACCACCAGAUCAGUACUCCAUCAACAACAACUUUGAUUCAGAAGCCACCCAGUUUAGCGUUCCAGUCAUAGACCUUGAAGGCCUUGAGUUCGAUAGACCAACAAAACGCAAGGAGAUUGUUACAAAAGUUGGAGAGGCAUCAGAGACUUGGGGAUUUUUUCAAAUUGUGAAUCACGGAAUACCUAUUGAUGUUUUGGAGGAGAUAAAGGAUGGGGUACCUCCUAAGCCAGAAGACUUGCCACAAGUAUGCAGAGACAUACUUGUUGAGUACUCCAAGCAAGUAAUGAAGUUGGGGAAGUUGUUGUUCGAGUUACUGUCUGAGGCGCUUGGGCUGAAGCCAAGUCACUUGAAUGACAUGGAUUGUAGUUUAGGGCUUCAGGUUCUAGGCCAUUACUAUCCCCCCUGUCCACAGCCAGAGUUAACUUUGGGCGCAAGCAAGCACGCUGACAGUGACUUUAUCACAGUCCUUCUGCAAGAUCAUAUUGGUGGUCUUCAAGUUCUUCAUCAGAACAAGUGGAUUGAUGUACUUCCUGUGCCUGGGGCUCUAGUGGUUAACAUUGGAGAUCUUCUACAGCUUAUAUCAAAUGACAGAUUCAGGAGUGUAGAACACAGGGUAUUGGCAAAUCGUGCCGGCGGUCCAAGAGUAUCUGUUGCGAGUUUCUUUAACACAGGUUUUUUAGCAUUGCCACAAAUCUAUGGACCCAUUAAGGAGUUGCUAUCAGAAGACAAUCUUCCAAAGUACAGGGAGACAACUGUGAAGGAAUAUAAUGCUCACUUCUAUAACAAAGGCCUUGAUGGGACCUCUGCCUUGACUCAUUUCAAGCUCUGAACUUGGAGGCAUAGGAGCAACUGCAAUGAACAAAUGGUGUCUACUAAAUAACUAGGCAUGAAAAUAUUGCUUCAUACACAAUACUAAGUUGAUUGUUUGUUGAUGCCUGAUGCAGGACAUAAAGUCAAAGCUAUAAAGUUAGAUAAUUGUAUGGUUAUAGUACGUUGGUUGUUUAUAAUCUGUUGUGAAAUAUUAUGGUUAGAUAAUUGUAUGGUCA